AUGGGAAGCAAUUGUGCAACAUGUUAGAGUUGUUAGAAAAAGGAAGAAGUUAUAAUGAGUCAGGAAGAAUAACAAUCAUCUAGAUAAAUGCAUGAAUAUUCAUAAUAGCCAAAUGAGGAAGAUGAUGAUAAUGAUCGUAUCACUUUUACCAUAAACACUUAGAUCUUGAAGAUAAAAACCUAGAUGGGUCAAGCCAAAUUGUGCAAAAAUAUUUGAACUUGGAUUUAAAACCAAAAAAAGAAGUUGCUCCAAUUUAAUCGGUUCCUGCCUAAAUUAUAGAAAUUCCAUAAGCAUAAAUUGUCAUGACAAAUGGUAAAUGAAUUUUGUACAUCAUUAGAAUCAAACUAAGAUAGUAAAAAACGAAAAAAUGAAAUGAUGUUGAGAAAUUAGGAAGACAUGCACGAAACUAACAUAAGCAAAUGGGAAAAUUCAGUUAGAGAGAGGAGACCUAGACAUAUAUUUAAAGUAUUAUGGUUCUUUCAUAAAAAUAUUAGAGUGGAGCCUACUAUGAUGGUGAGUGGAUUGGUUAAAGUAGAGAUGGGUAUGGAAUUUAAAUUUGGAGUGAUGGAGCAAAGUAUGAAGGCGAUUGGAAGAAUAACAGAGCUAAUGGCAGAGGUAAAUUUUGGCAUGUUGAUGGGGAUUUCUUUGACGGUGAAUGGAAAGAUGAUAAGGCUUAUGGAAAAGGCGUUUAUACUCACCUCAAUGGAGCAAAAUAUGAAGGUGAUUGGAUGGAUGAUCUUCAACAUGGAUUUGGAGUAGAGAUAUGGGCUGAUGGUGCCAAGUUUGAAGGAUAAUAUUAGAAUGGAAAAAAGGAAGGAUUUGGAAAGUACUUCUGGUCAGAUGGUUCUUCUUAUAUAGGGAAUUGGAGUGAAAAUAAGUUAUUUGGAUUUGGUAUAUAUACAUGGCCUGAUGGAAGAGUAUAUAUAUAACUUAUUUUAGAAAUAUUUAGGGGAGUGGGCAAAUAAUCAAAUGAAUGGAAGAGGCAUAUACUUAUGGAAGGACGGUCGAAAAUAUGAAGGCUUUUAUUUGAAUGACAAAAAGCAUGGCUAUGGAAUCUACAUUUGGCCUGAUGGAAGGGUAUAGCUAUUAUUUAAUUCUAGAAAUACGAGGGGUAUUGGAAUAAUGGUAAAUAAUCCGGAAAAGGUAGGUAUGUGUUACAGAAUGGCAAGAGUUAAUUAGGACUUUGGGAAGAUGGAAAAAGAGUUAAAUGGGUGGACUAAUCAGAGUAAAAUGCAGACAUAAGUCCCAAAGAUUGGAAUUAAUAUGUAUAUCCAACCUUGGUUUAAUGA